CGCCUCCGUUGUUGUUCUUCCUCUCGAAAUCAACUUUCGAAUCCAAGAAUGAGCUACGGAACCCCCGGCGGCUACCAGACGAUGGUUCGUGGCCCGAUGACUGGUCAACUUGGGCCCGGCCCUGCACAGCAGCCGCGAAUGAUGAUGCCAACCGGAGGCUCAUCAGUCCCGAUGGGUGCCGCUCAGGCAGCCCCAAAUCGAGGCCCAGCCAUGUAUGCAGCCCAACAAAUGCCAAUGCACGCCGGCCAGCAAAUGGCCCCGCGACAGGCAUACCAAAUGAACAACAUGCAAGUGAACCAACAGUUCGCCCAAAUGAUGCAAAGCUUCCCGCCGGAAAUCCAGAUGCAAAUCAAUCAAGAGCCAGAUCAAAGUCGGAAGUAUAGCCUCGCGCAAUAUCAUUGGCAGCAGUUAACACAACAACAACAACAACGUAGGCGAAUGAUGAUGCAACAACAGCAAGCAGCUGGAGGCAUGCCUCAACAAAUGAGACCCAUCCGGGUCCCAUCCUCAUCUUCGAUGACCGCUUCACCUGGGAUGGUCCAUAGCCAAAUGAGCAUGAUGCAGCCGGGGACUCCAAUUCAAGGAAUGGGACAACCGAUUAUGCAUCAUAAUCCGCCUAGUCAAGGGUCUUCUAUGCAAAUUAUGUCGGUGUCUCCCAAGCCCGUUCAACAAUACAUCGACCCUCAAAGUGGCCAACUUCAACCAUGCCAACCCACAUCCGCCACCACCUCCCCAGCCACCCAGUUGGUCGGACAAAGCCCCAGCUCACAGCCGAAAACCCCGGCUCAAGGUAUUGCCAUGGACCCGUUCGCCGACUUGCAAAUGCCCCAGUUCCCGCAAAACAGCAACCCGAGCUCCAGCGGCACAAACCCCGGCUCGAACCCGGCUCCAUCUGUUGUAGAAGCCCAAAUGCAGCAAUAUAAGAAGAAGGUCAAGGAAAUGAACCUAAAAUUCCGGGACAAGAUCGAAAAGUUGAUUCAUAAGGUGAAAGGAGAUGAUGGCAAACAUCCGGUGCCGCCUGGUCUUGAGCGUUAUUUGGAAAUUAUGGAGGAAAAGCGGGUGGUAUCGAUUGACUUCCUUGACCGCAUCGUCGGGACGCUUACUCGAUUUUUCGAGCGCUCUCACCCGAUGUAUGCUCUUCAUGAAGCCGUCCGCUUCCGUCGCACCCAUCCUGAGUUGGAGAACGAGCCGGCAAAUCCUACACCAGAUCGCUGGGAGGCUGUCUCUCACCUGAAGAUCCAAAUCCCCGAACAAAUCCAAGCUCUCUACCCUGAACCUCGACCUGGGUUUGGAAAGCGUCUCGCCUCACCUCGAGUUCAAGCCGCCAAGCGUGCCAGGUUGUCACUAAGCCAGCCCGAGUUCAAGGCGCCACAACAGAAGGAAUCGGCCCAAAUGCAAGAACAAAAACCGGAAGUGUUUGACCCGAUUUCGGAUGAGGUCCUGAUGAAGCUACCACGCGUGAUUCCGACCCGUUUCGAGGGUGCUCCCUGGGUGAUCCCAGAAAUGGCAGCUCAAGAAUUGGUCAAUUCGGGGCUACGCUGGAAGGUGGAUCAACGGCCACCAUGUAAAGAUACCCCGGAUGUACAGCUCGUUAUUGAAGGCGAUAAGAUUUUGACGGCUCCUCUGCGUAUCUUGCUACCUCACGGCUACCCUAAUCUUAGCCCGCAAGUGCUGUUCUCGGAAUCAUUCCCGAAAACCUCUCAAGUUUCGGUGAACCUUGAAAAUCAUUUCCGGCGGAUUAUCAAUUUACAUGGUUGCAAGACGCUCGGCCAAAUCCUGGUCGGCUGGAAAGCCGCAUGCGAGCGCUACAACCGUCCACCCAGCCAAAAUGGCUUCUUAAACCCCCAUCAAAACGCAACAAAAAUGUUCGCU